CGUUCAUUCAUUUUCCUUAACACAUUCCUCGUUUCGAACAUAGUUGAUUUUGUCGCUCCCACUUCCUAACCUUCACCGUCAUGCUCCCACUUCCUAACCUUCACCAUCACUGUGCGAAGAGUCUACGAAGUUGUCGUCACCGUGCGAAGUCGUCGUCACCGUGCGAAGUCACCGCCGUCACCGUGCGAAGUCGCCUCGUCACCGUCGCGUGUUGUUUCUGCGCUCUUCGUCUGCUAGCAUCACCGUGCGAAGUCGCCUACGAAGUCACUCCUAGUCUGUGUCGCCCUCACUGUCCAUCUCUUAUACGCUUUCUCCAUCUGAAGGAGUUAAGUGUGAUUGAUGUUGGAGUGAAAACGGCCGAGGUGUUAGCAUUCUUUGCAGGAGCUCUACUGGAGAAGCAGAUAGUUUUUGUCUGUUCUAAUUUGUGGCAAAGAAAUGGUUGAUGAAAGGAUAAGUGGGUUUUGAGGUGAGUAGAGGAAUUUGGGGGAAUUUGAGGAAAGGUAAAUUAUUUCAAUUUUAUACAAAGAAAUGCAGGUAAAUAUUCAGUCUCACCUCACAUUGGUACCUAUGUUUAUCCCACACAGAGUAAGAUGUUAUCCUUUGUUAAAUAAAAUUCAAAGGUUAAAUCCAAAUUUUGGGCCUUGUAGUUUCCUUUCAAUUUUCAGUGCCUCGGCUUAAACUUAAGUAUUUUCAAAACAACUACAUUAUUUUAACACCAUUGUUAGUUAGUUAAUUGAGUUUUUCUUUAUACAAUAAUUUUCUUUUACCACCAAGGAUGUAAAUCAACUAGCACGGGGAUGUUCUAGCUUAAUCGAUAGUCUCAAAUUUGAGUCCUACAUAUGCAACUGCAUUAAAUACUAAAAGGGAUAGCUUUGUUGUCGUAGUGGUCCUACUUAAUUCAAACGGGAUUACCCUUUGUGGAGUAUAUCAGUGCUCUAUAUAAAAAAUAGAUGUUUCUUUAUGUGUUUUUUUCCUAUAAGUCAUCCUCUACAGAUGCUCUGUCAUAUUCUGGUCAGAGCUCCUGCAGAUUAUCAACUCUACUGAUUGUCUUCUUAAUAUUCAUUGGGAACACAUCUAGAUGCUUCUUUUUUUUAAUGUUAAUAUAUUUAGCAGGGACCAAAUUGAUUUCGUUUAAGAUGAAAAUGGGGGAAAGAACUAUGGGAAAUUAUUUGUAAGUGUGAGAUCAAUUUUAUAAAGUUAAAUUUGAAAAUUGAUGGAAAUUAUACGAGCUAAAGUUUUCAUUUGAGAUUUUGACCAUUCACGACUGUAACCUUCCACGGAUAAGAAAUUCACUUUAGAAACAUGGUGGCGCCAAAGUUAGGCACAAUAAGAAGUGUCAUAUAUGGAUUGCCAAAUUUAGGUCCCACACUCUGCAGCACUUCACUCGGUGUUUUUGGCCAACCCUUCCAAGGCAGUCCUUUCUAAGACACUGGCAACCAAACCGAUAACCACCCAAACACUAGGAGAACGCUCCCUUAAAAGCUAGCCGUCAAGGGUGAGAACCAAAUCCAAGUCACUUAAUUAUUUCGCCAAGCCAUUCAUACUCCUUAAUGCAGGACUGAGGCACCCCAUAAUACCCAAGUCCCUGUCAGAUUUUCUCGAACAUUUAACAAAAUCUCUCUUUGCCACUUUGAUGUUGUUGGUGUGCUGGACUUAGGUGGUCUUGUUCUCUCUUUUUAUUCAUACUCUCAUGUUCUCCCUAGACACCAGUUGGUUGCCUAUGCUGAAGCAAAUUCUGCGUUGUUUAAAUGGAUGUACAAGACCUUUGGCUGUCAUUUUCUAAUUGGGUCAUAUUUCUCAUUUUAGAAGCAGUUUAGGAUUAAAAAUUUCUGAAGACAAUAUAGGCUAGAUGAAAAGCAUUCUAUAAUGCUUUCAUCGUUAUUAUUAAAAUUAGUCAACUGAUUGUGAAAAAACCUAUAUCUCUAUAUAUGGAUGGAUGGUGCAUACCUUCGUGAUUUUCAAAUUUGCUUCAGUUAGAAGUGAAAUGUUUGCAUCUGAUAUCUUGACUUUCUUUUUGAAUGGGGUGCAUUCUUUCUCUGUUGGUUGGUGCAUUUCUUAAUUGAUAUUUCCAAUCUUGUUAAAUUUAACAUGCAAACAGAUUCCACAUAUUUUAUGAUUGCAUUAUUAAUCAUAGGAAGCUUGUUAUGAGAAAUUCUGAAGCUUUACUUCAUUAACUUUUAAAUAUGGCAGGGUUGUUGUCUGUGAUGCUCCGACACGGUGGUUGGACGACGCUUCCCACUCCCAAAGCGGACACGGACACGGAGGCGCGGCGGACACCUGCACGACACGGUGUUGGAAGCUUUUUCCUGAAUCGGACACGGCAAGCUCUGAGACACGCGCCGACAGACACCUGUAGCUGCUCGGAUGCGCGGCGGACACCUCUGAUAAUGUUUUUGUGUAUGCGAGGGAAAAUGGUUCUAUUUUCUUCUGUUCACGCCCUUUUCUUUUAAUGUCACUGUAAUAUUUUAUUUGAUUGUCCUUUUCUUUUAAUGUUACUCAAAUAUUUUAUUUGAUUGGUAUGAUAUUUUUUUUCUCUAUUUU